GAUUAUUUCAUAAUUUCAUAAUAAAACAAUGUAAAUUAGGCUGGCCAUAGUGUAUGGUAAGAACUGCGAAAUACGGUUGUUAUGAUACGAAGUGAAAUUGCGCGAAAAGCGAGACCAGACGAAUUAUGUAGAAAUUACAAAAUCCGUUCGCGAUGUGUUUACAUUGUUAUUCAAUGUCUGUGAUAAUAUUGCAAUGUUCAUUUAAAAUCGUAUUCUGUUCAUCUCGUGUGACAUUAUACAAACUUAUGUUAUUAUAAAUACACCGUUUAUAUUUAUAUAUAUAUAUAUAUAUAUAUAUAUAUAUACAUAUGUAUACCUUUGUUACCGGAUUUCAACUUCAUUGAUAAAUAUCCAUUAUACCUAAUAUUAAUGAUCAAUAAAUAUGUCUGGUACUUCAGCUAGUAGACGAUCUGGAGGAACCGUCAAGAUCCGUUUUACAGUGUUGUGUGCCCAGAACCUAUUGAAGAAAGACUUAUUUCGACUUCCUCCUGAUGCUUUUGCUAAAAUUAGUGUCGACGGUUCGGGACAGUGUUACACUACAGAUACGUGUAAAGCGACCUGUGAUCCACAGUGGAACCAGCAUUAUGAUUUAUUUCUUAGUAAAGGUGAUCAUGUCACAAUUACAUUAUGGAAUCAUAAAAAAAUACAUAAAAAUAUACAAAAGCCAGCCAGUGGAUUUCUUGGGUGUGUUCGCUUGUCAUGGAAUCAAAUUCAAAGAUACAAAGAUACAGGCUAUCAAAAAAUGGAUUUAACAAAGCUAAAUUCUGAUGAUCCGGUGCCCAUUAAAGGUCAGCUAGUUUUUUCUUUGUUAUCUCAAGACGGAACUGCUAGUUCGAGCCAUAAUCGACAACCUUCACCAUUACCAGAUGGUUGGGAGGAACGAAAAACUGAAAAUGGGAGAUUGUAUUAUGUUAACCAUAGAACAAAGACUACUCAAUGGGUUAAACCUACAAAAGCUCAUUCAAAAGAUUCAACUGCGAAUAAUACAUCACGUCCACCAGCUCCAGCGCCUACGGAAAUUUCUAAUGCAGAAAAUGAAUCUGAUGUGAUAAAUAACAACAAUAACAAUAAUCACUGCAGCGGUUUGACUGCCCAAACAAAUAGAAGUCCGAGCAGUCGACCAUCACACAGUUCUACUAGAAAUGUAUCAUCCCAAAGUUCCUCAAUACAGCAGCCAAUGGAUCUACCUUCUGGUUAUGAAAUUAGAACUACCCCUCAAGGUCAAAUAUAUUUUUACCAUACACCAACUGGUUUAAGCACUUGGCAUGAUCCGAGAAUCCCGAGAAAUAUUACUGUAACUUCAGGACAACAACUCGGACCAUUGCCGUCGGGUUGGGAAGUGCGUCAAACGACAAGUGGGCGUUAUUACUAUGUAGAUCACAACAAUCGUACUACUACCUUUUCUGAUCCAAGACUUUCUUCAGCAGUUAUAGCAAAUUUAUUACAAAAACAAAGUGAUCAAAGUACCUCGACAAAUGAACACAAUUCUAUGAACAAUAAAGAAAAUACUAGAUUACCGAAUACUAGUGAGACUACCGCUUUAAGCCAACAAAGGACUCAAGUUCGACCUGUUUUUGAUAGUCCACAAAGUAUAGAGACUGAUUCUGAAUGUUUGCCUAAAUACAAACGCGAUUUAGUAGCCAAACAAAAAAUAUUACGUACUGAGUUAGCUGCACUACAACCACAAACCGGCCAUAUGAGACUUGAAGUUUCCAGAUCAGAAAUAUUUGAAGAGUCGUAUAGGGGCGUUAUGAAAAUGAGGCCAAAAGAUCUCCGUAAGCGAUUAAUGGUGAAAUUUCGUGGCGAAGAAGGUCUGGAUUAUGGUGGUGUAGCGAGAGAAUGGUUAUAUUUAUUGUCCCAUGAAAUGCUUAAUCCACAAUAUGGAUUAUUUCAGUAUUCUAGAGAAGACAAUUAUACUCUACAAAUCAAUCCAGAUAGUUCUAUAAAUCCAGAACAUUUGUCUUAUUUCCAUUUUGUUGGUCGAAUCAUUGGAGUCGCUAUUUUUCAUGGCCAUUACAUUGAUGGCGGAUUUACAACUCCCUUUUAUAAGAUGUUAUUGAACAAACCCAUUACAUUGGAAGAUAUUGAAGGAGUCGAUCCUGAACUACAUCGUAGUCUUACAUACUUAUUAGAAAAUCAAUUGGAGAAAGACAUAAUUGAUACCACUUUUGCCGUCGAACAAAGUAGUUUUGGUGUGUUAAAAUUACAUGAACUCAAAACCAAUGGUAGAAAUAUUCAGUUAACAGAAGACAAUAAAAAAGAAUAUGUCAAGCUGUAUGUAACAUAUAGAUUUAUGAGAGGUAUUGAACAACAGUUUUUAGCAUUGCAAAAAGGGCUAACCGAAGUAGUGCCUGGAUCGUUAUUGAAACCGUUUGAUGAACGUGAGAUCGAGUUGAUCAUCAGUGGUAUUGGUACAAUUGAUAUUGAGGACUGGAAGCGAAAUACCAGACUGAAACAUUGUACUGCUGACAUGCCAGUUGUGAAAUGGUUUUGGGAAGUUAUUGAACAACAUUACAGCCAAGAAAUGCGGCUUAGAUUAUUACAAUUUGUUACUGGUAGCUCCAGAGUUCCACUUCAAGGUUUUAAAGCUCUACAAGGAUCGACAGGAGCAGCCGGCCCACGUUUGUUCACUAUUCACUUAACUGAUGUGCCCACUGAUAAUUUACCCAAGGCACAUACUUGUUUCAACCGUCUUGAUUUACCGAAAUAUGAGAGUAAACAAAAGCUACUUGACAAACUUAGUCAAGCAGUUGAAGAAACUUGCGGGUUUACAGUAGAGUAGGUGAUAGAUUAUAAUUUAUUUAAACCACUUAAAAUAAACAACCAUGUUCGUAUAUGUCUGUAUUAAUAACAUUUUUGAACAUCACUAUUUAUUAUUUGUUAUGUCAAUAGAUUGUUUUUAUUAAUAGUGUAAUUUUUUAAAAUUUUGACUUCAUAUAAUUUUAUUACAUUUUAUAUACAUCUUUAAUGGGACAGACACAUUCGGUUAGUGAUGGUCAACAAACUAAUAUUUACUAUUAAUGUGAUAGUUCUAAGUUUGAUUUAACAAUAUAAUGUGCAAUAAAACAGGGUAAUAUUUUAUAUCAACUGUUAGGGAAUAAGCAAUAAAAUUGUCUACGUUCUGAUGAUUAUCCCCCAAAGUCAGUGUUAUUUAAGAAUUUUAUGUUUUGGUGGAAUUGUUUUAUUUUUUUAUUAAUGUAUUAAAAUUAUAUAAUAGUAUUAUUACAAUUAUUAGUUCAGUAUUGCCUCGAGUCCCAAGAACAUUUAUUUUACUAGUAUUCAUUUUAUAAUAAGUCAAUAUUUUUAUUGUAUAACUUAUAGAUUAUUUUGUCUUUAAUUUAAAUUAUUUAAAGUUAUGCACACGCACAGUCAGUAAUACAAAGUCAACAAUUAUAUAUGAUAUAAAUAUACAAUUACAUUGUAUACGCUUUUGUAUUAAUCUAUGUAUAAAAAUUAUGCAAUAGAACUAAUGAAACUUGACAAUCUGUGUUGGAUACAUCUUGAGUAUUAUUUUUUGUUUUUCAUAUUAAUAAUAGAGUGUUAAACAAAAAUUUCCUUCAAAAUAAAUGAUGUAAUACCAUUUUUUUUUUAAUCCAUUUUGAUAUUUAAAAUGUUAGUAAAUUUUUUUUUUAACGAAAAGAAAAUUGUUAUUUGUUGUUACUAAUACCGAGUAACAUUAAUAUAUUCUCAAAAUUAAAUUG